AACUGUGUAUAUAUCUAUCUGUCUCUCUCUCUCUCUCUCUCUCUCUCUCUCUCUCUCUCUCUCUCUCUCUCGCUCUAAACUCUAAAGAAAAAUGAGAAACAAAGGAAGCAAGUACCCUAUUGCCUUCAAGCCGAUCCUACUCGUCGUCUUCUUCCUCCUGGUUUUUGUUUUGGUAAUAUUACUCCGGUCAUCAUCUUUACCAACAUCCUUUCAAGCUCCAUCUGUUACCUCUGAUUCAAACCUACCCACCACCACCAACCCAACAUCUUGCCCUCCUCUGCAACACCAAUUAUCGGCCUCUCAAACAUGCAACAAGCUUUCUCCGGCCACUGCCGAGACACUCGUUCACUACGUCACUUCAAACAUAACCCCACAACAAACCUACAAAGAAAUCUCCGUCAGCCUCAGGGUUCUAUUGAAGAAAUCCCCUUGUAAUUUCUUGGUUUUCGGACUCGGUUUCGACAGUCCAAUGUGGGCCACGCUCAACCACGGCGGCCGGACGGUGUUCCUAGAAGAAGACAAGUCAUGGAUCCAGCAAAUCCAGUCAAAAUUCCCGACUUUGGAGUCGUACCACGUCGUGUACGACACGAAGGUGGCGCGUGCAGCGGAGCUGAUGGAGAUAGGGAAGAGGGAGGAGUGUAACGUGGUCGGAGAUCCGAGGGUCUCUGGGUGUGAGCUGGCAAUGAAAGGGAACUUGCCGGAGGAGGUGUAUGAAGUGGAAUGGGAUUUGAUAAUGGUGGAUGCUCCGACUGGGUACCACGAUGAAGCUCCGGGGAGGAUGAAGGCGAUAUACACGGCGGGGUUAAUGGCGCGGAACAGGGAGGAGGGGGAGACGGAUGUUUUUGUGCACGACGUUAAUAGGGUGGUGGAAGAUGAGUUUUCGAAGGUGUUUCUGUGCGAAGGGUAUUUGAGCGAGGAAGAAGGGAGGCUGAGGCGUUUCACAAUACCAAGUCACAGGACUCGGUCUGGUAGACCGUUUUGCCCUCUUUAGAUCUAAUUUGUUAUGGUAUCAUUGUGAUUUCAUGCUUAUUUGUUUACCUUUGAUAUUUUAUCACGAAAUUAUUUUUUCAAAAUCUCAUGUCAAUUUCUUUAUAAAAGAAUUCAUGAAUUUAGGCGCUUAAUAUGAGAGUAUAUUUGAUCA